AUGGCCUUCAAGUUUCCCGACUAUCCCGAAGGGGUGCACCUGCCUCCGGAAUAUACACCGGCAAGCCUGCCUCCGUGCGAAUGCGACGAUUGCAAGCAGAGCUUCCUCACAGCACAACAGCAGCAGUGUUAUGCCCAGUUCCGCUACCGAGAAUGGCCCUCUCACGCUGCCGACCUCGUUCGCGUUUCAUCUCACUUCGUUCGACAAGCGUCUGAGGCCAAAGACCACGUCGCCGAGCGGCUGAGCUUACACGCCGAUCUGCUGAUGAAUCGCUGGCGCAAACGAAGCCAGGAGAAACGGCGUCAACUGCUGCACGAUGUCGCACCAGAACUCGAAGAAAAGCAAUGGAUCGUUCCUCGGCACGUUUACGAGGUCGGAUGGAACCAGAAGCCCAAUGAUCGUACACCGGAAAGACGACGGCAUCUUUUGCUCCCUUGGCUCAGCGUCGAGGGUCUUACGACCAACCCGACUUUGCUGUUUGCGCUGCUUUACUAUAGAAGUCGAUAUCCUCUAUAUGACUGGGCCGCAUAUGACAGCCGCCAAUUGGAACUCAGUUGGCAGUCGGGACAUUUCGACCUCUGUCACGCAGCCAGUUGCGUGGUCAUGUAUGGACCCCGAUAUGGCGCCAUUGUCGACUGGGACGAAAAACAAGCGCAUACCGGUCAUAUCAUCGGCUUCCCCCGCGCCCGGCUUGUGCUCGAGGCGCAAGCGCUGUUAUUUACCGUUCUCUCCAAGAUUGUGGACGCAAUUUUGCUGGGAGUUGACGAUUCCACCACCACACCGAGAACGGAGAAGUGGAGGUUACAAACAACGAUGGGGUUCAGAUCGGCUGAAGAGAUUGAACGAUGGUCGCCAUACACAUUCUCCCCCUUCUCGGAACCGCCGCGACUCGACGUGGACUACUUGGUGUCGCUCGCAAAGACGCGGCGGGAAGAGGCGUUCGACCAUCUUACGGACCUCCAAUGCGACCCCAUGUACUUGAGGCGAUAUAUCAAGCCGAUCCUUGACAAAAAGCUACUCGACUCGGAGAAGGGGGAGAGAGUCUCAGAACUCGCAAUGGACAUUUUAGACGAUGUUACGGAUUACUUGAUGUGGCUCUGGACCGAACAAGAAUGCCUCAAAGUGCGAGCUCUUCAUAAGAGGUUCAGCGACAGCGUCUACCCCGGCCGUCCAAUGCCGCCCAAGUAUGACCAGGCCCUAGGAUCACUCGAGGGGCUGCUUUCCAUUUGGAUGAAUCAGUUUGGAGGUAUCGAUCGGAAGCUUCGAUGUGCGCCUGGGUUCCUCCAUUAUUCCAAGCGCGUGCGGGUGGACUAUCACGGUUCAUCGGCAAUUGGCGUCAAGCGAGUGCGGGACGUGAACACCAAGGAAUCCUUAGAAGGCGACCGACCGACUUGA